AUGAAGACCGCCGCUGCGACCCUGACGGCCCUGCUGUCCGCGUCUGCCACCGCGCAGUAUGUGCUCAUGGAUUUUGAAAAGAGGCCGUAUAGCAACCUGCAGCGCCGUGGCUCGAGCGUCGAGUCCGACAUCUCCAAUCUGAGACAAGACGGCGGGUACUUUGUUGACGUCACUGUUGGAACGCCCGGACAAAGAUUCUCUCUCCAGCUCGACACUGGCAGCAGUGAUGUCUGGGUGCCUUCGAGCGGAUCAGCGGCCUGCCAGGCCAAGAGUGACAAAUUCACACGACCCGGUCAGAGCGACGGCUGCUCUAAAGGUUCCUGCAUGCCAGUCACCUCCAGCAAGUCCACCACCUUCACAGCUGUUCAAGAUGGCAUAUUUCAGAUCCAAUACGUCGAUAAAAGCAGCGCCCAGGGCACCUACUUUCUCGACACCUUCCAAAUUGGCGGUGCUACCAUCAAUAACCUAACCAUGGGUCUCGCCGAAGAGACCGAUAUCCCUUUUGGCCUGAUCGGCAUUGGGUACAGGGGCAACGAGGCCUCGAUCCAGACGGUGGACGCAACAUACCCAAACUUGCCCAUUGCCAUGCAGACCUCUGGCAGCAUCAAGACGGUGGCCUACAGCCUCUGGCUCAACGAUCUGGACGCGAGCAAGGGAAACCUCCUUUUUGGCGCCAUCGAUACCGAAAAGUACCAGGGCGACUUGGCGCGCCUCGACCUUAUCACGAGCGGCAGCUCCGGACAGGUGGUCGAGUUCAACGUCGCACUGACCUCGGUCAGCGGCCACAGCUCCUCGGGCUCCGAUUCCUUCACCUCGUCUAGCUUCCCCAUCACCGCCCUCCUCGACUCGGGUACCACCCUCUCGUACCUCCCCGCCGACAUCGCCAAGCAGAUCUGGCAAGAGGUCGGCGCCGCCAACGACUCAAGUCUCGGUGUCGCCGUUGUGCCCUGCAGCAUUUCUGGCAGCGGAGCCUACUUCUCGUUUGGAUUUGGUGGCAGCCAAGGCCCUAUGAUCAACGUCACUAUGGACGAGCUUGUACUGGACUCGGCCGGUGUUAACAUGUCCAAUGGCAAACACAAGAGUACCCCUGCUUGCACCUUUGGUAUCCAGGCUCAGGAUUCCAGCAAUGAUGGCUCUGUAAGCAGCUAUUUGCUUGGCGACAGCUUUUUGCGCUCUGCCUACGUCGUGUAUGACCUGGAGAACAACCAAGUCGCCAUUGCCCCGACCAAGUUCAACGCAACUGCCUCCAACGUCGUUCCCUUCCCUUCCAAGGGUGCCACUAUCCCUUCAUCUACCCUUGUGGCAGACUCCAACACGACGACAGGCGGCAGUAGCAGUAGCGAACCUAACUACAACGCUAGUAACGGUUUCCAGGGCGGCGCUGCCACCGUCGGUGUCUCUCUGGGACUCGUCGCGGUCUCCGUGUCGACCUUUUUGGCCAUCGUCGCCCAUGCGUUCUAA